CUUCAGCAGUGAGCUGUUCAUUAUUAACAGAGGGACUGGGGACUGUAGAGCUCAGAACGAAGCCUUAUUACCUACAGCCCUAUACUACCACAUUUCUUCUUAUGCAAUUAAGUAAUAUUGUAUAGGCCAACUGUAUAGGGACAACAAUGUGAGUAAAAAGGCCUGAACUCAUUAUGCUUUUGUCUUUUGCUACAUUAAUCCCAACUCAAAAGCCACCAAUAUGUAGGCAACAUUCUGAUCCCUCCCUCAUUGUCUCCCUGGGACAUAUCACGCACACACUGCUCUGUGAUUCUGUGAGGCUAGGCAGCUUCAUACCAAACCUCAUUACUAAACAACCCACAUUCCCGUGAAGCUGCAGAACAAGUCUUCCACUCUCGUAGUAGGCUGACCCAGCGGCUUUCCCGGGCGUCUCCUGUGCUUGCUGGUAUGGCCCAUCGUCUAUUUGAAGAUAAGGAACAUGCUGCCUCCUACUGGAAGUACCGAGUCUCACCUUCACCUCAGCUCAUUGAAGAAAUAGUAUCCUUCCUGAAGAAAAGGAGGGACGUGCAGCCAUGUGACUUGGCAGUAGAUGUGGGCUGUGGCUCAGGUCAGGGAACCCGGCUCCUGGCUCCUCACUUCUCCACGGUGGUGGGGACUGAUGUCAGCCCUGCCCAGCUGGGGGUGGCCCUGAAGCAUGCCGCCGACACGAACGUCUCCUACAGGCAGUGUCCGGCUGAAGAGCUGCCCUUUGCAGACAGCUCAGUGGACCUGGUGACGGCCAUGUGUGCCUUUCACUGGUUCGACCGGCCGCGCUUUCUUCAGGAAGCCCACAGGAUCUUAAAGCCCAAGGGCUGCCUGGCUCUGCUCAGCUACACCGCGGACAUGGAGCUCCACUACAGGGACUGCUACCACGCGCUCAACGCCAUCUGCAAGGAGUUCUAUGCUGCUCUCCUUCCAUAUCGUGACCCUUAUUUGGGCCCGUGCUCGUUCAGUCUUUACAGACAGACUUACCUGUCCAUCACUUACACGGACAAAGAGUGGCAGGAGUGUAAGCGGAUGAAGAAGUCCAUGCCUCUGUCCAGCUACAUGGGCAUGAUGGAGUCCUUCUCCAGCUACCAGACUCUUCUGAAGAAAGACCCAGAGGAGGCCAGAAGACUGUCCACGGACAUCACCAGCAGACUCCUGGCUGUGAUGGGGGUGACUUCCCCAGAGACGGAGGUUGUGGUGGGAGUCAGGUAUUUCUACCUAUUGGCCUGCAAGCAAGCAGACUGACAUUAUGCCGCGCCCCACAUAGAACCUGCAAACGGGACAAACAUAAAACGUCAUCCAAUUUGUUAUUAAUAAAUGUUUUGCCAAACAGUGGUA